UUUCGGUUUGUUCAAUGUACUGUUCUGUCAGCAACAGCAGCUGGUCACGACUGAAUUAUCUAACCAGUCUGUCAAAUAGAUCAAACAUCAUAAUCCGGAUGAGAUCGCGAUCGGUUCCGAUGUGCAGCAGAGUGUAAAUUCAAGUUAUAAAACUAGUCUGAUUGUCCGGGCCACGAUUGUAGUAGCAGCAGCAGCAGCAGCGAUCGUUCGAGUGUGCAGCUUCCCACUGGACAAUCUCUUCUUCAUUGGCAGGGCACCAGAAUGUCAUCGCAGACGCCCCAGACGCCAACCAGCAAGUUUACCAACGUUGUAGGCUGGACCAACCGACGCAGUCCAAUUCUUCACCUUACCACGACGCAAGAUGUAGUCAGCCAGGGAAAAUGUCUCUGUGGCGAAUAUAUCCGCGCUCGUCUGAAGCGAGCUGGUCUGCUGAACCGCAAAAUAGUGCAACGCCUGCGAAGCACAAUGGAAGUUUCGAACUGUGUGGUCGUUCGGGAAACCAUUCCCGUCCUCAAUGGCAUGGGCGAGGAACUGGAAAGGAUGCAUCCGCGAUUGUAUACGAACGUAACCAGACAAAUUUCGCUUGAACCUUGGGGUGAGCUGACCGAGCCUGAUUCAGUUUGCUACCUGCUGCAUGUGGUAGCAAAGGAUCUAUUCAAAACAGACAUCACCUGGGGAAAGGUGAUCUCGCUGUUCGCUAUUGCCGGUGGACUAGCAGUCGAUUGCGUACGCCAGGAACAUUAUGACUACUUGCAGCAGCUGAUCGAAGGCACCACCGAUGUGAUCGAGGAAGACCUCAGUGCUUGGCUAGUCGAAAAGGGAGGUUGGUUAGGCCUACAGGAUCACGUUCAUCCUCCGGAAACCGAAAUAACAUUCCUCGGUUGGAUGACCAUAACCAUCUCGACGCUAAUCGUGAUCUACUUAGUAUCGGUUUUACUUAAACACUUAGGCUCAAACUAUUUGUCGAAAUAUUAAUGUACCAACGAAUGCGUCCAUUUUUGAUACUUAGUAUGUGUUAGUAAUAGCAAGUAUGAUUGUGAUUUGUAAUAUUACCAGCUUAUCAAUAACUAUGGCAAAGUAAGCAGCAGCACAUAUCAACACCACACUCGAUGUUUUUUAAAGUUUAUACGAUUAUCAUAGCGCAGUUACACUGUUAGGAACACUGAAAGGGGAAUAUGGCAAUAAAUAAUGUACGAAUAGAUCUUGUUUGUUGGCUAGUUGGUAUGAUGAUGUUGAUGUUGAAUUUUUAGGGUGCUUUGUAAGUAAAAUUUACUGUUGAUUUCACGUCUACGUCUGAAAAAUAUAUAACUCUUAAUAAAAGCGUUCCAUCUUCAAACCGUAAGUGAUACUAAUGCUCAAAUUGUCAAAUAGCUAACCGACAUUCUCACAUGUUUCCUGAUUUUUGAUAUUA